GCCCCUGCACCACCGCAGCUUUCCUGUUUACCACCAACGAAUAUCCUCCAAGAGGAGCAGGAGUGGCGGUCAGCGCACUUCGAGCACAUGGGCAGUUGAGGCGAGUUCGGCCGACGCAGCUGACGCGGAGAAGUUGCUGGUGGUGUUUGAUCUGGACGAAACCUUGGUGCACACGAGGGCGGGUGGGCCGCAGCAGAAUGGCGGAAAGGGUGUCGAUUUUGAGCUUUCGAUGGAAGCGGGGGAUCGGUACUCGGUGUCGGUACGGCCAGGCGCUGAGGCCAUCUUGCGGUGGUGCACAGAGAACGGCUUUGAGACAGCUCUGUACACAGGUCCCUGAGGCACUCACUCAUUCACAUGCACUGCACUGCACUGCUGGGUUUGUUGAAUGCACUCAUCGCAUCCAUCUGUGUUUGUCGUGUGUGUGUGGGUGCGUGGGGUGGGUGUCUGAUCGGUAUAUCAGCCGGUGUGGAAGGCUAUGCGGAGCGUGUGAUGAGGAAGCUUGACCCUCACCGCAGGUACUUGCCCAGGCGGCUGUACAGAGACUCGUGCAGAAGGGUGGUCAUCGGGGGAGGGGGCCCAUCAGAAGAAAACGCAAGUGUCUUUCUCAAGGUGAAGCAAGACAGCUGUACAAAGGCAAAGAAAGAAUGGUAUGGUGGCCAUGUCAUGUACUGCUGCUGACUGCCUGUCUCUCUCUCGGUGUGUGUGUAGGACCUUAGCCGCUUUCGCGGCUGCUUGAAGCGUGUGGUCUUGGUGGACAACUCGCCGCUCUCUUUCUUCAUCAACCCAGACAACGGCAUUCCAGUCGCAGGUAGGUACCACGCAAGCCAAGCACAUCGAGCCGCGACAGACACGUGACUGACUGGAUGUCUGUCGCGUGACUGUGUGUGUUUGUGUGGGGGCAUAGAUUUCCUUGCUGACCACCACAAUGACGCGGCCAAGCACUCGUCAUACGUGGACGAGUUCGACAGUCUGCGGCAGCUGCUCCUGGACCUCAAGCCGCUCGCAGACGUCAGGUCAGUCAGCUGCUGACUGACAAGGGCAAUGUGGGCAAUCACACAGACAGACCAUGGGGCCAUGUGGAUGGUGUGCAGGCAGGAGCUUCGUGAGAGGUUCAAUCUAAUGGACAACCUGGUGACGAAAGUGGUGGUCGGGAUGAGCAUAGCCAGCCGGCUGUGACGAUCGAUGAGGGAGGGGGGAGGGGCGCCAAGCGGAUGGAUUGGAUGAAGCGAGUAGUUCGGUGCUGGUUUGUCGUGUUCAAUACGGGUCUGUCUGUACAGUCAGGGGGAGGGCACUUAUGCAGACAGCGUCAAGUGAAUGAGGCCGCAGCCUUGCCUUGCCAUGCUAAGAUACUUAUAUUCACUUUUGCCGUUGACCCCACGACGUGGC